UUUCGAGCAUGAGAGCAAACAAAGCAUUUGUCUGUCAAUUCUCUCUCUUUGACCCUCUAUCCAAACACAUCAAAUUGCGACCGACAUGUCAGCCUGUCCACACGUAUCAUCAGCAUCGCUGAGCCCGCCGCGCCCCAGCCAGUCAGUCUACAGGGAAGACUGCACCCUUUGCUUCGACAGCAUCGAUUCGCCCGAAGGUCUGGACGUCUGCCUGCAUUGCUUCAACGGAGGAUGUGCCACCGAACGCCAGCAUGGCGCAAAACACGCCCAACAAGCCAACCAUCCUCUAGCCCUCAACAUCAAGCGCACGCGCAAGCAGAAGCACAGGGAUGAGCCGCCACAGAAGAUGUCAAAGCUGGCCAUCAACGCCGAAACUGAAGAAGACCGAUUCGACACCGUCUCGAGCGUCAAGUGCUUCGAAUGCGCUAACGACGACAUCGAGAAGAGCCAGGGAAACCUACAAGCCGUGGUUGACGGUGUGCUCAAGGCGAACACUUUCGCAAAGCAAGAGGAGGUCAAGGCAUGGGAACAAGAGAUGAUUCCUUGUGAACAUACGCUGUGUCUAGAGCAGGAGACUUCUCGCCACAUUGAGUCGCAGUCUUUGGGUCACUGUUCUCAGUGUGACUUGAACGAGAACCUUUGGCUCUGUCUCACUUGCGGUAACCUGGGCUGUGGCAGAUCUCAGUUUGGGGGUGUAGGUGGCAACUCGCACGGUGUGGCCCAUACGGAUUCCACAAGGCAUCCCGUUGCUGUGAAGCUCGGCUCUUUGACUGCCGAUGGUAGUGCCGAUAUCUACUGCUAUGCUUGCAACGAAGAGCGUACCGAUCCUGAACUAGUUGCUCACCUGGCCCACUGGGGUAUUGACAUCGCUGGUCGCCAGAAGACGGAAAAGAGCUUGACAGAAAUGCAACUCGAGCAGAAUCUACGCUGGGAGUUCAGCAUGACCAACGAAGAUGGCAAGGAGUUGAAGCCCAUGUGCGGCCCUGGCCUCACUGGUUUGAAGAACCUGGGAAACAGUUGCUACCUUGCCAGUGUUGUGCAGAGCUUGUUUGCCAUGCCCGAGUUUGCCCAGCGAUACUACAGACCUGACGAGAAACUGCCGAAGACAUCCGACCCUGCUGAGGAUAUCGAGAUCCAGCUUCGCAAAAUGGCAGACGGCUUGCUAUCUGGACGCUACGCAAACCCCAAUCCCGAUGUCAUUGCCUCUGAAGACACCACAGAACAGCCACACCAGAAGGGUAUUGCUCCCGCCAUGCUCAAGCACCUCAUUGGCAGAGGCCACUCAGAGUUCUCCACUAUGCGACAACAAGAUGCGUUCGAGUUCUUACUUCACCUUCUUAAGCUCAUCUCUCGCUCGCAACGCGCUGCAAAAGACUACUACAAGGAUGUAUCAGAUCCUGUCGACGCCUUCCGCUUCGUUAUGGAACAGAAACUGCAAUGUCUGAACUGCAACAAGGUCCGCUAUCGUCAAGACGAGGCCGAAAACAUCUCCGUCGCUGUACCCAUCAAGCGCUUGCAGAAGGACACAAAGAUGGAAGGAGUCACUCCUGGCCCCGAUGGCUCAGUAGAAAAGGAGACUGAAGAGUUCGAGUCAGUGACUCUUCAGCGCUGUCUGGACGAGUUUACCGCUGCAGAAGUCGUCGAGCUGAACUGCGGUGCGUGUGGUGGUAAGGACUUCACCAAGCAGUCUCUGUUCAAGACCUUCCCUUCCAUUCUGGCCGUCAACGCUCGCCGAUUUGAGAUCGUCAACUGGGUUCCCACCAAGCAGGACGUCCCUGUCAUUGUUGAUGAGGGCACCAUCGACUUUGAAGCAUACCGCAGCAAGGGUCAACAGCCUGGCGAAGAGCUUCUACCUGACGAUGCUGCAGAUGCUGGUGCUGGCUCAACAGCAUUCGUUCCUAAUGAAGCUGCUCUCAGUAUGCUUGAAGCCAUGGGAUUCCCUCGAGUUAGAUGCGAGAAGGCUCUCCACGCCACUGGUAACACGGAUGCCGAGACUGCUAGCUUGUGGCUGUUUGAGCACAUGGAAGAUCCUGAUAUUGAUGAGCCUGUGGAUCUUUCUGGAGGUGGUGCAGGUGCAAGUGCAAGUAAUGCAGUGGAUCCCGAGAAGAUCGAGAUGCUAGGCAACAUGGGCUUCGGUGCACCUCAAGCACGACAAGCACUGAAGGAGACCAGCGGUGAUGUCGAGCGUGCAGUUGAAUGGCUUUUCAACCACCCUGACGCAACUGGUGACUUUGGCGAGGAGCAAGAGGCUGGUGAUCAAGCUUCUGCUCAACAGCCCGAGAGCAAGGCUGUCGCAGAAGACAACAAGCCCGCUAACUUCAAGCUUCAGUCCAUCGUCUGCCAUAAGGGUGGUUCAAUCCACGCCGGACACUACGUCGCUUUCGUCCGCAAGGAGCCAGGCUGGAUCCUGUUUAACGACGAGAAGGUUGCUCUAGGCGGUGAUGUCGAGGAGAUGAAGAAGUUCGCCUACAUCUACUUCUUCCGCAGAGAAGCUGCAUAGAUAGCGGCAUCCUACAAAAAGCACAGCUCACAGGUGCAAGUAGCUAGAAACAAUAUUGGACGAUUGAUAGAUCGAUCUUCUGGCAUCGAUGUUGCCGUCGAAAUAAUUCAAUCGAAAUUUGGUACACACCUUCAGCUAUUUCAAAUCAACAGUAUUGAUGCCGUCGAGGCGAAGCAUGGAUGGAUGUUGCAUGACUUUUGUCGAAUCGAUUCUUCACGGC